GCGGCUGUGCCACGUGUUUGUUGAUUAGAGGCUAGCCGCACACAGAACGUUCAUCCUUCGUACAUUUAUUGCCCGCCUAUCGUCCUGUCAGUUCGGUGAUUCCACUCAUUUUGAACUGUGACUUUCUUCUAGCUUGCUCAAAACAAGAAAAUGGCUACCGCUCCGGCAUAUCCAAGCUGGAUGUCGAGACCACCAACUGUGAGUGAAUUGGUUGGAAAUUCUAACAUAACGUUCAGACCGGUUGUACCAGCACAUUCGGAAGAUACGAUUCGUGCUGAUUAUGACACUGAUACGCUUUGGAAGCCAAGACGCAUUACUCAGCCACAGCGUACUUGCUCCGUCGAAUCCAGCGAUUCCGAGGGACUGAGAAGAUCGUCGGAGGCCCAUAUCAGAACCGCUCCGAUUGACGUCCCCCGUCCCCGUCGAAUCAGUCUUUCCGAAAUGAUCUUCGGUUCCCCAACAACGUUCAGCUGGGGACAAACCAACAUACAACAUUCCCUCCCAGAAGAGAGAAGAGCUUCGGUCACUGAGGAUCCAAGAUUCCAUGAUCUGAUCAAACAUCAGAACAAAAUUCUUGGUGAUGGGCAUUAAUUUUUUGCGACGCUCCGUCGAAGCUUGAUGUACUUAAUCGUAUUUGUGUAUAUACUUGCUGCAGUUGUUUACUGAUGUAUAUAGAUAAUUAAUAUUCAAAACCACAAAAGAUCAUUCUAUUUUUUAGUAUGAUAGAACUAUCCUGCGAUUUUAGAAUGGUAGACUAAUUGACACAAGUACAUCAUACGUUGUUUCGGUGACUUGUAUAUAUAUUGCGGGCCUGUACAAACGGUGAUCCAAUGUAUAUUGGUAAUUUGUUGAUUGUUAUCGAUAUUAUAUUUAUUCAUGAAGCUUCCAUGCUUGUUUAUCAGCGUGUUUUAUACAACGAGGGGAAUAAAAUCACGAUGGAC